AUGGAGGCAUGGCUGCAGCUAGGAGGGCCCCUGGGGGUGCCGCUACCCCUGGGACGACAACUCCCGCUGACCUUGAGAGGGCCCCUGAAGAUGUCGCCGCUGCUGGGAGGGCCUCUGGGAGGACCGUCACCCCUGGGAGGCUACCUAGGGGCUUCACCAUCUCUGGGAGUGUUUCUGGGGGCAUCGUCGUCCCUGAGAGGGCCCCCUGGGCGUGGUGCCGCCCUGGGAGGAUCUCUGAGGGUGCCCUCUUCCCUGGGAGGGUCCAUGGGGGAACUGCCGCCCUUGGGAGGGUCCCUGGGGGCGCUGCAGUCAAUGGAAGGGUCCCCGGGGAUGUCGCCACCCCUGUGA